GUUCUUUGCAUUAGCGAUUGAGAUCUCUCUUAUCAUACACAAGCACACACACACAAACACACAUAUCACACACCAAAGAAACAUAUAUUCAAAUGGAGCAUUCUAUGCGUCUUGUUUCAGCUGCCUUCGUUCUUGUCCUGCUUUUCGCUGCUACCGAGAUGGGACCAAUGGGUGUUGAGGCAAGGAGUAAGUCAGACAAGGUAGCUAAGGAAAGGACAUGUGAGGCUGCGAGCGGCAAGUUCAAGGGGUUGUGCUUUUCGUCUACCAACUGUAAAAACACUUGCAAAGUGGAGAAAUUCACCGGAGGCCAAUGCCAGGGCUUUCGUCGUAGAUGCAUGUGCAACAAAAAGUGCUAAUUAAUUUGUUAAAAAAAAUGUAAUAUUUGUUGGGAUUGUGUUUGUGUAAUGAGAUGGAUUGAAAUGACUCUGUAUCCACAGGGUAGCUUUUGCUAAUAAAUUGAAUGACCCUGCAUGGAUCAUUAAUUUUA